CCCGUUUCCCCACCUGCGGGCCUCUCCUGUCCUGCCUUCCAGUUCAUUUUCAGCCUGCCCGCCUCGCACGGCUCCUCCCAACCAGGAAAGCUCUCCCGACCCACUUUCUCAGAUCCACGGGGGCCUCUCCUCUGGCCUUCUGCCAGGCUUUCUCGAAGUCAGGCUUCUCAGCAGAGUCACCAGGUGGACAAGACUCACGCCCUGGCAGAUGACAGCUGGAGGCCCUUUGACCUCACGGCCUCCUCCCACCCGUGAACUAGAGACCUCCGUGCCCACCUCCCUGGCUUGUGGGGAACAGCAGAAAACUGCAGUAGGGACAGGCACAAAGUGGCAGUCUCUUCCAUUUUGCCCUCCCCUCCCCACCUAGCACGCAGGAAGUGCCAGAGCUCCGCCUGCUGGCCGCAGAAGCCACGCCCAGAUCGGGAGGGGGAGCACGGCCGGCCUGGGGGCGUGUUUGUCAGUGGGCAGCCGAGCUGGAGGAACGGAUUACCUAAUCUGGUGUUGCAAGGCGCCGUAUCAGUGGGCUUUGGCAGCACCCCGUUAUCAUAAUCACCCUGGGAAACGGACGGGUCUGUAAUUAUUGUCCCAUUUGAAACUUGGGGAAACUGAGUCCCAUAGAAAUUGGGGGUCUCACCGGAGGAUUGGAAGAGACCUAGACACUCGGGCCUUUUGGGUGUGAGAAGGCGUCAAAGUUGGCAGGGAGAGGGCGCAGUCACCCGAGGGCUUGGGAGCAGAGAUGGGGUGCGCCCAUGGGCCAAGCCAGAUCAUGUGAUGCUUGAGGCCCGUCACCGUGUGGGCCGGGCUGGGCAGUGCAGCUCCUCCCUCUGGCCCCGCCUGGCCCGCCAAGUUCACAGGUCACCUCCUGGGCCCUUGGUCACUCCCUCUCCCUGACCCCGAGGUCCCUCCCCCAGGUGGUGGAGCCCAGACCACAGUUCCCGAUGGCCUUUUCCGGGGACCAGUGAGCUGCUCCAGGGCGCGCAGGGCCCCUCCUACCCAGGGCCUCCCAGCCUUUCUCUGCAGCCCGGCAGCUCCACCCACUCUGAAUUCCUUUGGGCCCCCGGUGCCACUGGGCAAUGGGCAUCAGGAGGCUUCGGAGGCUGCCUGUGCCCCGGCUCUGAGCUGCUCCAGGUCUGCAGACCGGCUGGGUGUGGGCAGCGGACAUGGCCCAGCCACCGGCCUUUGUCCUCAAUGUCCCUGAGACCCCGGAGGACCCGGACCUCUGGGACGAGGGUGAAAUGCACCACUCCUUCCGCGAGCUCAUCCAGGAGCAGAGCCAGUGCGUGGCGGAGGAGGGGCUGGAGCUGCAGCCCAGGGGGCCAGGGGCUGGCACCCUGGAGGCCUCAGGCAGUGACCACCAGGCCCUGCUGGGGCCCGAGGGUGCCGUGGUGCACAGCACGGCCACGCUCCGCAUCUUGGCCAGCAUGCCCAGUCGCACCAUCGGCCGCAGCCGAGGCGCCAUCAUCUCCCAGUACUACAACCGCACGGUGAGGCUGCGGCACAGGGGCAGCCGGCCUCAGCUGGCCGACCUGGGGCGCUCGGCCCGGCCCAGCCUCCGGCUGUACGACCUGGAGCUGGACUCCACAGCCCUGCAGGAGGAGGAGAAGCGGGUCCUCCUGGUGAAGGAGCUGCAGGGCCUGACGGUGGCCCAGCGGGACCACAUGCUCCGGGGGAUGCCCCUGAGCCUGGCCGAGAAACGCUGCCUGCGGGAGGAGACCUUGACCCUGAGGGGGAAGCGGAGGGGCCAGCACGGCCGUCGCGGGCGCCUUUCCUGCUACAGCCGGCUCCGAUAUGCCUGUGUCCUGGCCGGGCGCGACCUGGGGCUGGGGCUGCUGGCGGGGCUGCAGGCCCUGGCGCCGUGGCGCUACGCCCUGAAGCGCAUCGGCGGCCAGUUCGGCUCCAGCGUGCUGUCCUACUUCCUCUUCCUCAAGACCCUGCUGGCCUUCAACGCGCUCCUGCUGCUGCCGCUGCUGGCCUUCAUCGUGGGCGUGCAGGCCGCCUUCCCGCCGGCGCGCCCCGGCUCUGUCCGCGCCUUCACCGGCCUGGAGCUGCUCACGGGCGGGGGCCGCUUCACCGACACCGUCAUGUACUACGGCUACUAUAGCAACGCCACGCUGAACCAGCUGUGCACCCCUCCGCCCGACGGUGGCCAGUGCGCCCCCGAGGAGGGUGGUCUGCCCUAUAACAUGCCCCUGGCCUACCUCUUCACCGUGGGCGUAGCUUUCUUUAUCACCUGCAUCACCCUGGUGUACAGCAUGUCCCGCUCUUUUGGGGAGAGCUACCGGGUGGGCAGCACCUUGGGGGCCCACGCCAUCACCGUUUUCUGCUCCUGGGACCACAAGGUGACCCAGAAGUGGGCCUCCCGCCUACAGCACGACAACAUCAGAACCCACCUGAAGGAGCUGCUGGCCGAGUGGCAGCUGCGGCAGGGCUCUCGGAGCGUGUGUGGGCGGCUGCGGCAGGUGGCCGUGCUGGUGGGCGUGUGGCUGCUGUGCCUGGGCAUCACGUUCGGCUGCACGGUGGCUGUCUACGCCUUCUCUGAGCUCAUGAUCGAGAGCCCGGUGUCUGCCGAGCGUGAGGGGGCGCAGCUGGCUCUGCCCCUGGUGGUCUGCCUCCUCAACCUGGGGGCUCCCUACCUGUACCGCUGCCUGGCCGCCCUGGAGCGGCACGAGUCCCCAGUGCUGGAGGUGUAUGUGGCCAUCUGCAGGAACCUCAUCCUCAAAAUGGUCAUCUUGGGGAUUCUUUGCUACCACUGGCUGGGCCGCCGGGUGGGCACCCUGAAGGACCAGUGUUGGGAGAACUUCGUGGGCCAGGAGCUGUACCGGCUCAUGGUGAUGGACUUCCUCUUCGCGCUGCUGGACACGCUCUUCGGCGAGCUGGUGUGGAGGCUCAUCUCUGAGAAGCAACUCAGGAGGGGGAAGCCUGAGUUUGACAUCGCCCGGAAUGUUCUGGAACUGAUUUACGGGCAGACCCUAACCUGGCUGGGGGUUCUCUUCUCGCCCCUGCUCCCCGCCAUGCAGAUCAUCAAGCUGCUGCUGCUUUUCUACGUCAAGAAGAUGAGCCUGAUGGCCAACUGCCAGGCGCCCCGCCGGCCCUGGCUGGCCUGCCACAUGAGCACCGUCUUCAUCUCGCUGCUCUGCUUCCCCUCCUUCCUGGGCGCCGCCAUCUUCCUCUGCUACGCCGUCUGGCAGGUGAAGCCCUCGAGCCUCUGCGGCCCCUUCCGGACCCUGGACACCAUGUAUGAGGCCGGCAAGGUGUGGGUGCGACGCCUGGAGAAGGCCGGCCCCAGAGUCUCCUGGCUGCCCUGGGUCCACCGAUACCUGGUGGAGAAUACUUUCCCCAUCUACCUGGUGUCGGCCCUGCUGCUGGCAGUGAUCUACCUCAACAUCCAGGUGGUCAAGGGCCAGCGGAAGGUCAUCUGCCUCCUCAAGGAGCAGAUCAGCAACGAAGGGGAAGACAAAAUCUUCUUAAUCAACCAGCUUCACUCUGUCUACGAGAGGAAGGACAGGGGCAGGGCUGGUCGAACCCAGGAGGCUGCGAUGCCCCUGAAUCUGCUCACAGGUGAUCAAGACGCCCGGUAGGACAGCGAUGGGGCUGACAGGCCUGGCGGCCCUGCCUUUGCUCACCAGCUCAUCCUGUGUCACCCUUGGUUCCCACGGCCCUGCAGGCACAGACGCCGACCUGGGAUCACACUGGCCUGCCUGUGACUCUAUUUAUUCUGAUUAAAUGUUUUGCAAAGUGG